UUGAGUUGUCACAGAAGCCAGCACGGAGAGGACUGAGGCAACAAGCAGAAUCAGCAUUUCCGGAAGCCAUUACUACGAACUGUGAGGUAAAAGUGAGGGAUUCGAUUUCCGCAGAUGGAUCAUAACAGUACAUCAGCCAAGGCGACCAAAGCACGAACUGUUUCUGGAGACAUAGCGAGGCUCUACGAAUGUCGAGCAUGUUCUGAUUAUUUUCAGCCCCCAGUAUUGCAGUGUCAUAAGGGACAUCUUAUUUGUUCUAAGUGUCGAUCCAAGGACAGUUGUCCAAAAUGCAGGGCACCUUUGGGCAACAUACGGAAGUUCGAAAUGAAGGAAUUUGUAAGGGCUGUUACGUUCCCAUGCAAAUAUUCACCAUCUGGCUGUGCAGUAGCCCUUCUACGCACUGAGAUGAGGGAACAUGAAGAAGCGUGUGAAUUCCGGCCAUACCCCUGUCCGUUCCAGGUGCUCUACGGGCAUUGCGAGUGGCAAGGUUGCCUUAAGAAGAUGAUGCCUCACAUUAUGACGUCUCAUAAAUCAAUCAAAACUCUUCAAGGAGAGGAUGUUGUAUUCACAGCAAGUGACAUCGAUCAGCCAGGAGCAGGGUACUGGGUCAAGAUGCAGACAUGCUUUGGCCACCAUUUUAGGUUGCUACUUGACAACCAUAUGAGCCUGGAUGGAUGCGAACAGUUCUUUGUUAUAGUACAACUGAUUGGAUCAAGGAAACAGGCUGAAAAAUUUGUAUACAGGUUAGAACUGGAAGGCCAAAGAAAACAUUUGACAUGGGAAUCAACACCAAGAUCCAUCCUUGAACCAAUCUUCGCAAUAAUCAUGAGGUCUGACUGUCUCAGAUUUGGCGCCCCCACCUGCAAACGUCUUGCAUAUUACGGCAAUCUGAGAAUCCAUGUGUCAAUUCGUAUGGUUUGAGACCGGUUUACUUUGGAGUUGAUGAUCACUGCCAGCGUACUAAUAGUAUCGCCUAUCGGUAUAUACUGCCCAAGAUGAGUUUUAUUUUUUUAUAUUAGUGUAUAGUUCUGGAAAAGACCCUCACGGAUUCUCAUAUCAAGCAAACAGUUAUAGCAUUGCAUAGAGAAGAAAAGGUGAUCAGUUGGUGUUUGAGGUAGCAUAUUUUUGCAGUGACUGUAUGUACUUUACCAAUUGUAAAUAUAAAGUGAAACAAGAAUAGACACAUUAAUUUUCUAUCAGUAUAUACACAUAAGUGUUUACAGAGAGGUGAAAUAUUGAAAGAACUGCAUGUAAAUUUACUGUGUUUAAAUCUUUACAGGAAAAUGUUAUUUUGUACCACAGUUAAAGUUCAGCACUAUUAAAGCACUAAAUAACACUGUUGAGUUUCUUUUCCAGAUGUAAUUACAGUUGCUAAAUUAAUGCAUUUGUGGCAGAUCUUCGUAAGUUAUGAAAGGCGCCAUUAAAAGCAGUGGUUUA